AUGGGAUCCAACGUGGAGCUGGUAUGGCCAGAGGCAGAGGUAUAUUCGUCACGGGUGAACAACUGCUCACAUGCAAAUUCAUCUCUAGCUGCAAUUCGAGCGAAGUUGAGUGCGGAACAAUUAGAACAAUUCAAGACAUCAUGCUUUGGCCAUCUUCUGCAUAUAGAUAAGAUUCAGUUUAGCGGGCAGAUUGUGCAUGGGGUUGUGUUGCGUAGAGUAGCGGGGCAGGGUGUGAAAGACUUGGAUGGACUGAGUUUCUUAUUAGGGUGUGAAGUUGCUCAGUUCACUCAAAAGAUAUUUAUAGACGAAGGAAUUACAUGCAAUGCUUUAGAAGAAGCAUUUGUGAGGUGCACAGAGGAAGAUGACAUCUACAAGCUAGCUCUUGUUUACUUUGCUGAGUUAGUGGUUUUGGGAAGGGACAAACAUUUGAACAUCAAUCUAAAUUACCUGACCCUUGUAGAGGACUUGGAUGCGUUCAACAGGUAUCCGUGGGGUUCGGUGUCCUUUGACAAAACCCAAGACAGUCUAUUUUCUGCACCAACAAAGUAUGUGAAAAGCUUGGAAAAUGAAGAGGGAAGAGGGAAGGGGAAAAGUAAGGUAACGGGAACAAGCCGGAGAAAUGAGAAGGGCAAGAAGGAUAAGCAUGGUGAAGCGCAAAGGAGUGGCUGGAGUUUUAAAGGUUUCACGUAUGCUUUCCAGAUUUGGGUAUAUGAAUUAAUUCCUAGAAUGGCGGACCUGAAUUACUGCAAGGUUAUUGAUCCGACCGCUGUCCCGCGUAUUUUGCGAUGGAGAACUACUACGUCUGUUCCAGAGAUGAGAAAGUUGAACAAUUAUUUUUUCCAGAGCAAAGAGUCAGUUCAGUUGCGGGCGCUAUGUCCGAGUGAAGAGGAAAUGAGACAGCCAUAUUGGAGUUGGCCACAGGAUCGCCCUGCUGUUGUCUCGGCAGAGUCAAUUCCUUCUUCAUGUGGUGAUCUUGAUGAGUUGAACAAGGUGGUAAGCUUGUUGAGGUCCGAGUUGUUUCAAGUAAAGCGGGAAAAAGACGUCCUUCACUUAAAAGUCAUACGGAUGGAAAAACUGUUGGACCAAUGUUUAGGUCCUCAGUUUGAGCAGGAAGUAAGGAGGGACCUAGCUUUACUGAAACAGAGGACGAAUCGUUGUGUCGUCUCACAUCUAUUUAAGGGAUAUGGGGAAAUGGAUGACAUUCAAUGGGAUGAAGGGCCAAGUAACAGAAAUGAGGGAGAGGAAAAGGAAGAUGAAGGGAUUGAAGGGGGUGAAGGGCCAAAUAAUAGAAAUGAGGGAGCACAUAAGGAAGAGGAGGGGAUUGACGGAGAGGAAAAGGAAGAGGAGGGGAUUGAAGGGGGUGAAGUGCAAGGAAAACCAAGUGAGGUAGAGGAAGGGCAAAGGAAAAGAAGUGAAGGAGAGCAAGUGCAAGUAAAAGGUAGCAAAGGAGAGGAAGCCCAAAGACAGAGCAGUGAGGGAGAGGAAGUGAACAGAAAAAGCAGUAAGGGAGAGAAACUGCAAAGGAAAAAAAAGGAGGGCAAGGAAGUGAAAACACAAACAACUGAGGAAAAGGAAGUGCAAAGAAACCAAUGUGAGAAAGAAGAUAAUGAAGUUAUGUUGCUUGGGGGUGACAUUGGCGAGAGCACGGAGGGGACACUGCUCGAGUUUACUGUCGGGGACAUUGAUUUGGAUGAACCUACAGCUGUGCUAUCUCAGUUGAACGUGUGGUUGAAUGAUAAAGGUAAAGCUCUGGCACAAGGGGUCCAAUUACGGAAAAGGAAGAGGAUCAUUCCUUUGUGGAAGAUCGUUGAAGGCAGUGAAUUGGUUCCAAAAACUGGGGCACAGACAACCGGACUGAAGAUGUUAGACCCAAUGAAGGCGAUUCCGCAUGAUGAUCUGGUGAAAUUGCUGAAACUUUGUUGGGAAUGGCGCCAGGACCCAAAUUUGGUGAUGCAAUUUGGCAACGUGGAAGCUGAGAUUGAAUUCUUCGCUUCCCUCGUGAAAGCUGAUGGUUGGCUGAAAGGAGACGUAAGUGUAAUUGAUUAUGCAUUUGUUUUAAUGUACAUACAUUAUGAGAUUGACAAGAAAAACAUGUUGCAGCACAUUGAUUUGGGGUUGUAUCUCAUCCGGAAGCGACAACAACAAUUGGAGACAGAUUCGGUAGAAGUAGCGGACUGGACAACGACCGAUGUUUUUUUUAUGGUAUGUCAUCGGCCUUGA